AAGGCUGGAGUGCUGCGUGUGCGUGUGUCAGAUCCACUGUAGGCUACUGAGCCGGCAUCAUCUUGAGCGAGGCAUUUCUCUUUACCCCGACAAACCUUCAGGGGGCUUUUAGCAUUUGUUCGGUCUGAGGUAUCUGGAAAACAUCUGAUUCAUUUUUUAACCAGUCCCAGAUGCGCCAGCAGCAGCAGCGCGAGUGUGUGUGUGUGUGUGCCUGAAACGCUUCAGCGUCAGUUUGUCAGCGCAUGAGAAUUUGGGGAGAAUAUUUGCUUUCUAGAGUAGGGGAGGGAAGGAGAAGAGGAGGAAGAAAAAAGGAAGAAGAAGAAGAAGAAGAAGAAGCGAGUGGAUUUUUCAAUAACAACGUCUUAGGUAUGAACGCAGAUACGUGCGUCUCAUACUGCGACAUGACAUCCAUGGAUUCCUAUUAUAGUGCGUCCGCCGCGCAGGGCAGAGAUCACCAGGCGAACUCUUUCAGGACUUUCUCCAACACGGAGACCAAAUACAGCCCCACGUUCAUCCCGGGCAAAGGGCAGGCUUACGCGGAGAAGUCCCGGAGCCCCUUCCAGCCGGAGUGCCAGUCACUGGACGGCGCUGAGGAGAGCAGCUUUAACAAAUACCAGCUCUUCAUGCAGCGACCGACCUGCAAGACUCCGCCCGAGGGCGGCAAGCUGCACCCGGACAGCGGGCACAACGGGUCGCUCAUCUCCUGCUACGGAAAAGACAACAGCGGUCUGAACGAGUCUGAGUUGCCCCCAAACGUGGAUGCUCCGGGGAUGGAGGGCAGUUACCUAAACCUAAAGGAACCCGGCGUGAAGGGGCCAAGCGAGAGACCAGGGUCUGAACUUUCCAGCCCCAUGGACAAAAGCGAGGCGGAGAGCAACAAAGGCAAGAAAAGACGCAAUCGCACCACAUUCACCAGCUACCAGCUAGAAGAGCUGGAGAAGGUUUUCCAGAAGACGCACUACCCAGAUGUUUAUGCCCGAGAGCAGCUGGCGCUGAGGACAGACCUGACGGAGGCCCGUGUGCAGGUGUGGUUCCAGAAUCGCAGAGCCAAGUGGAGGAAGAGAGAGCGUUUUGGCCAGAUGCAGCAGGUUCGCACGCACUUCUCGACUGCUUAUGAAUUGCCUCUACUCACUCGGCCUGAGAACUAUGCACAGAUCCAGAACCCUUCAUGGAUCGGUGCCAGCAGCGGAGCGUCUCCGGUGCCAGGUUGCGUGGUGCCUUGUGAUUCUGUCCCCUCCUGCAUGCCCCCCCACCCUCAUGGUCCUGGUGUCUCUGAUUUCCUGGGUGUGCCCAGUCCAGGGAGCAGCCACAUGGGACAAACACACAUGGGCAGCCUGUUUGGGGGCGCCGGGAUCAGCGGGGGAAUCAACGGCUACGAUCUCAAUGUGGAUCCAGACCGCAAGUCCUCCAGCAUAGCUGCGCUGCGUAUGAAGGCCAAGGAACACAGUGCAGCCAUCUCCUGGGCCACAUGAUGUCCCAGUGCAGUUUAACCCUGCCCCCAUGUGGCCCCGGCUUCGGAGCAGCCAUCAGCAAGCACUGAGGGGGAGGAAGGGGUUUUCCUGAGAGCACUAAUGAUAGCACAGGUCAAAUGAACAGGGAGAGACUGCGGAGAUAAGAGAGGCCAUAACAGCGGCCAAUGCAAGCAAGAUAACUAUGACAAUCAGCAGAUGUUUAAAGUGAGAGAAAAAUGGAGGUGUAACAUAGAUGUGCAGCCUUGAUUCCGUCAUCUCUCAGGUCUCAUUGAAACAUGGUGUUUGCCAUGAUAAAACGUUUCAGAAAAAUAAGAAAAGACAAAUACAUUUUUUCAGAAUAUCUGAAUUCUGGCUCUACCAUAAAGUAUCUUCACUUUCUUUCAGCGAUGACUAUGAUUCACGUUAUCCUCCGACUUUAUCAUACUUGUAUAUUAUUUAUGCGACUGCCACUUGUAGACCCUUCUCAAUCUGUGUACACCAGUUUAAGUGCAUUUCUAAACUUUGUUUGCAUUUGGUAAGCUGUUUAAAAACACGUCCACUUUGCAUGCAAAAAAAACUAAAAGCUUAUUUUCUGUCUCGUUCUAUCGCAAACUACAAAUAUGACCGAAAGGAACAAUAGCGUGCUCUUUUGUUGUGGGUAGUUUAUGUCCCCGCGAAUAAGGACGGAGACUCAAAGCAAAAAAGUGAGACUAAUUUAGUGAGAGCAGAUAUGACGUAUCAGUUUAGUCCGGGCAGUGAUCACGCAUUGGAUUGGCAGUUAUUUCAAGCCGUCUUGUCGUUUCCCCUCACAAGGCUACCUCCACAGGUUCCCCUGCUCGGCUCAGGCUUCAGGUUACAGGAAACAGUGUCUCCACCGGCAGACGCGGUGUAGCAAUGCACAGCAGCAACCUUCAACACCGUCUUACCACGCCAGCUUUAAUCAGCAGCCAACAGCAAUUGACAAACUUGAUUAGCAUCAACAUGAGCUGUCCUUCCAUGUGAGCACCAGGACACGUCACAUCGCACGUGGUGAAAACACCAUGCAAACAUGUCGAAAUAAUCAUUAGUGUUGGUUCAGCAGGGAUGAGCUGUUUUGAGGAUUAGCAGCAUCCCCACAGACAUGAGUGGUCCUCCAUAACAGCGUUCUGUAAUGUUUGGGGCAGUGAGACGACAUCAGGGCCGGGCCGUAGGAAUGUGGUGAGCAUGCCCAAUGAUUGCAGGGGUAUCAGUGAGCUUUAGCACGCCUGUAGAGCUGAGAUUCAGGCCGGGGCCCGAGACAGCCUCCUAUAGUCAUUAGGCUGAUUUCUCUAUAAUGCCUCCUUUGCUACAUAUCCGUUUUCUUUCCCAUGUGUAAAUGAUGACAACAUAACAUCCUCAAAUGUCCAAAGGGGUUCAGUUUUCUUGCCUUGAAAGAUAGUGAAAAAAGAACAAAUUGAAAAAAAUAGCGGAAGGAUAAUUGAAUCGACAAACUGUCCAUGAGAAUAGUGACGGACCGGUUCACUGCAGAAGCAUUGCUGCACGUCUCUAGCAUUGAAAAGUUCCCACAGUCAGAAAAAAAGACUGUUUAACUGAAGCUCUUUCACGUCAUCAGUGAAGGAAGUAGCAGUAUUUGAGGACAUGCUGAAUGCUUUGACACUUAGAGUGUUUAUAUAUUCUACACACAGGGUUUAUUAUCUUAACUCAAACAAAUGUCUUCAAAUAAAAGGAAAAAAUUACGAAAAUGACUUAAGAACAAAGCAUGACCAUCCAAUUUUCAAUAUAAAACAGAAUCCGGCCAAAAUAAAUAAAUGCCGAUCUUCAAGUAUGACUGAGUUUGAACUUUGUCAUAUUGGCUGUGUAUAUGGACCUUCCUCAGUGCUCCUCUCCUCUGCAGCUCCAUAAACGUUGAUACUACUGAAAUAAAGCAAUUGAAGUCCGUGUUUAUAAUGUUGUAUUGAAUGAAUGUGAACAAUAUAAUUAUUGUUCUUUUGCUUGUACAAUUAUUUUGCUUUUCUGUCAAAAAAUGAACGCGCAGCGAUAGACCAAUGAAGUAUUACAGAAAUAACGCCAAGAAAUGUAAACUUUUGUUUGAUAUUCUGAAAAGAAGCAUUGGAGUUUUACUGAGGUGUUUGCUUUUUGCAUUUAGAUUUUUUUUUUUUAUGGCUUUAAGCAGCUUUUACAUUUUUUUUUUUGUAUAUUAAUCAAUAUUUCUACUUUUAAUUGUGCCAAAUUAUGCAAUAAGUUAUUGCACUUACAGUGUUCUUUGAUAUAUCCCGAGACAGUUGUCUCAUUUGUGAAGCUAGACGUUGCAUAGCUUUUAGUCCCAGCCAACAAGAACUGUCUCCGAAGCCCGUCCAUAUUUAGUACCAGGAAGAAGCACCACCGGGGUCUCCUCAGGUGCUGGACUCAGUUUGUACAGAAUUAACUUCUUGUUUCUGUCAGUGAUGAUUUUGAGUUGAAUUUGAAAUA